UCAUACAUAAUAUUCUAUUAUUCAUUCGUUUACAAUUUUACAUCUUUUGUCAUGAAUUUUAUUUUACUCAAUAUAUAUAUUUAUUAAUAUUAUCAAAUUGUACUUAAUAAACAUGCCUAUAUACAGCAUGCCUCUGCUUUUAUUAUCGCUUUAUUUAAGUGUGGAUUACGUACAACCAUCAAAUCUGAAGGACGCACAUCAGUUCGACCUGCUUAUAUUCACACAAUUCUGGCCGGCAACUGUCUGCACAGAAUGGAAAGAGAAGAAUCCGUCCCACUCGUGUGCGAUGCCCACCAGACCAGACUCUUGGUCUAUUCACGGCAUCUGGCCGACAAGGCUCGGCACUAAGGAGCCGUCUUUCUGCAAUAGAACAUGGCAUUUCGACCCUGAACAAAUCCAGCCUAUCGAAGCACAGAUGCUGCAAGUAUGGCCUAACAUUGAAGCAGAAACAUCAACAUAUGCUUUAUGGUCUCAUGAAUGGACUAAACACGGCACCUGCGCUGCCGCGUUGGAGCCUCUUAAUUCAGAAUUGAAAUACUUCUCGCAAGGCCUUGACUGGCUUAAAAAAUAUAACAUGUUAGAUAUACUGACAGCAGCUAACAUUGUGCCCACAGAAGAAAAAGAGUAUCCUAUUACAGAUAUCAAUAAUGCUGUUGUGGAGAAGUUGGGUGUGAGACCGCGAAUUGAAUGCAAUAAAGUCGACGGUAAGAACCAGAUAUUCGAGAUACGCAUUUGCUUUAAUAAGACCUUAGAUUUAGCAGAUUGUGACGGCACCAAGUAUUAUGAUGAGUUCAAUACGGUAUUGACAAAUUGUGAUCCUUCCCGAGAUAUAUACUACCCUCAUAAUGUGGCAGAACCUAAACACUUGUAUGUACAAUUGUACAAACUGACAUCUUGGAUUCAAUGGUUGACACUAUAAUAUUUUAUACACCUGAUACCACAUAACUCGUGAUAAUAAUUUAAAUUUAUUUAGUAUAAUAUGUUAACAUUAAUAUGAAAUUACUUCCUGCAAUUAAAUAAUUUGUUUAUGUAUAUUUAGAUUCAAUUCAGUAUUCUUUUUUAUUGAAAUUUAGAAUGAAUUUUAUUUUAUGAUUUUUUAAAAUUUACAAUGCAAUGAAAUUUUAUUUUAUGUGAUGUUUCAAUAUCAAGAACAACUUUAGAAAUGUAAAUUUAACACAUAUGUGGCUAUUAAAAUACAUAAUUUCAUUUAACAUUAGAAUCUAUAAAUAGAUUCAUUUUUUUGUGUGAAUAAACUAAGAAAAUUGUUUUAAAGCAUAAUUUAUAUCUAAAUUAGAUAUUAGAAAGAAAUGAGAACUAUUAAUAUCAGGUAUAAGGGACAUGUACCCAACAUUCAUAUGUAGUAUUGAAAUAUAUGCCUUCCAGAGAUGAUUUCAGUGAUU